GUGAGGUUUCCAUUAACUUCUCCACCGCAGUCAGACUCUGCAGCAACCUCUUCCUGCUCUUCCUGCGCAACACUUCCUGGUACACUUCGCUCAACAACACAGUUUGUAUUGUUGUUCCGUCGUGUUUCAGAAACAGUUUGGGGAACCAAUUUGAUUGCCGAUUGAAGAAGAAAUUGCAAGAAAAGACAACCGACAAGGCUACUGGUUGUCAAUAGCAUAAUGGCAGCUGUCAGUAACACGUUUGAAAAUGUGAAAGCGACUAUCUUAUCAGCUCAUGAAAGCGUCACAUCAGGAGAAAAGGUCAACUUCUACAACUCCUGGGCAGAGAACUAUGAUCAGGAUGUGGCUGUUCUGGACUACCGUGCACCAAGUCUGGCAGCAAACAGCAUCUCCUCCCAUUUCCGCGGUGAUCGUGAAGCAGCUGUAGUGUUGGAUGUGGCCUGCGGCACAGGACUGGUGGCCAGACAGAUGAAGAGACAUGGAUUUGGACAUUUUGUGGGGAUUGAUGGAAGCGAGGCGAUGUUGACGUUGGCCAGAGAGAGCGAGUUAUACCAGGACCUGAAUCAGUCCAUGCUGGGGGAGGGGCCACUACCGGUCCAGAAGGGUUUGUUUGAUGUGGUUGUGAUCGUUGGAGCUCUCAGUGCUGGUCAGGUCCCGGUUAAUGUCGUCAGAGAGUUGUGCAAGGCCACCAAACCUGGUGGGCACGUUUGCAUGACGACCAGAAGUAACCUUAAAAACGUGGAGUACAAAGCUGCCCUGGAGCAUGAGCUGAAGCAGAUGGAGGACGAAGGGCUCUGGACUUGUGUGGAGGUCGCUGAGGUGGAGGACUGGGAGAGAGCCGUGUCGGAGCAGGAGAACGGCUACAUAUCUGGGGUUGUGUACCUCUAUAGGAAACUACAACUAUAGCACAUCGCACCACAACAAAGGCUUGACAUCACACCGGAGGUACAAAACAACCCAAGAAGAUGCAACAUUUUCAAACUAAUUGUACUCAUCUUUUGGAAAUGUUAUUCACAAAGUUAAAGAUGUGGAGCUUCAUUCGCAGAUGUAAAUGUGAGACUUAAAACGUUCAUGACUAAAUGUUUCAGUUUUGCUUUGAACAGUAUUCAUGCUGCAGGCAUGUUGCAAUAUACUCAGAUUCUUACAUAUGUACACGAUCUUGUGGGUAUGUUGUACAUUAUUCCUAGUAGAAAAUGAUUGUAUAAGAAGGACUAACUUGUGUCUGUUUACUGUGUCUUGAAUGCAUACAUAUCUGCUCCACAUUAAUCUGUUUGAUAUGAGUUUAAUAUGAAUAUGAUCGCAUGCACUUUGUAACUCAGCAGAAAAAUUCCGAUAACCGGUUCAAUUAACCCCAGGCAGCCCAUUAGCCAUGAAAGCGUCUUCAUAAUUGAGAAACAGGGUUUGAAUGGUCAAGUAAAAAAACAUUGAAGGAUUUAAUUUCAGUUAAGUGUUGGUACACAUGAACUUGGUUAGUGAAAAUACUGUAUUUAGUUGACUAAAAACAUCUUGAGUCAAAUUUAACAAUUCAUACACAUUAACAGUGAAAAUACUCUAAUGAAACACCCAAAAAGCAAGAGGUGAGCGACACCUUCAUCAAUGAAACAGAAUUCUCUAAAUGUGUUAUUUUAUCUGCAUUUGGAUCUGAAUCAAAGUAAACAUGGUGGAAGAUACUGAUGGUGUGCUCAAUGUUUGUCAAAUAAACUACAGCCAGAAGAA